UCGAGGUAAACUUUACAUCACCGAUAUUAUUUGUAGCAACACAAGGUUGCCAUGGAGGCCGCCAAGCCGCCCGAUGAUUGGCGUUCAAUGUGCCAGAACUGGGGGCGGGCGGUUUCCGUGGUAACAGCGCCACCUGACAUAGAUGUGGGAGAGACCGUCCUCGUAUUGUUUGUGAGGGGGGCAGCCUUGGCAGUCACCACAGCGGGAGGCACAGCAGUGGUUACUCGUCCCUGCCGGGCAUAUAACAUGCUGCCCGGGAAAUACCGAGGGCGGCUGGUGUCUAAUGUAAAUAACUGUGGCCUCCAUUUGGUUCUACAGGCGACUCCUGUAGCAGAUAAAAAUAAACAGUUUGACUUCAGGUUAAGUAAGGAUACGACAGCGUCUCUCAACAACAGACAUUCUCAACAUGACUUUGAAAAGAACAUUACUGGAAGGCAAGAUGGAAGACUUUCAAGUCCCGUGAAUCGCAAUAAGCAGCCAUAUAUUCCUUUAAGUUCUAAUGUCACUGAAGUUUUUAGCUCUGCCACAAGAUAUGGCAGGGACGCUGUGUCACUCGGCGCAUUUGGAGAGCUUCCAGGCCAUAAAUCCAAAAAAAGCAGAUCCAGAUCCGUUCCACAUUGUGCCAGUCCAAAUAACAACAAUGAAGAUCUGCAUCAUUCCAAAGUAAACCAUUUUCAUAGUUUGAAGACCCUUAAAAGAUCAGAACUGGGAUGUCCUGUUGUGCAUCGCACUGUGGAGGAGAAAGCAGUCAGCCCAGACAAACUAAACCUAGAAAGGCAAAACUUUGCAGUCUUCCCUAUUAUAGAAGGCGAAGAACAACUUCGGCUAUUGUAUUUACAACAUAACUUUAUUACAAGAAUUCAGAAUAUUUCAUGUCUUCAGCGCCUAAUAUUUAUUGAUCUGUACGAUAACCAGAUAGAAGAAAUAAGUGGCCUUUCUUCUUUGAAAUCUUUACGUGUUCUUAUGCUUGGAAAAAACAAAAUUCAGAAGAUAUCAAACUUAGAAAAUCUGAAAAAUCUUGAUGUUUUAGAUCUACAUGGUAAUCAGAUUUCUAAAAUAGAGAAUAUUGGUCACCUGGGAGAGUUGCGAGUGUUAAACCUUGCUCGAAAUCAGAUAAGCCAGGUAGAAAACUUAAUUGGUCUGGACUCUCUGACAGAGCUGAACCUGAGGCAUAACAGCAUCAGUGUUGUGAGAGAUGUGGAUACUUUGCCCAGCCUUCAGAUUCUUUAUCUCAGCUUUAACAACAUAUCAAGACUUAAUGACAUCCUGUGCCUUGCUGACUCAACAACGCUUUCAGAUGUCACACUUGAUGGCAACCCUAUAGUUCAAGAGUCAUGGUACAGACAAACCAUUCUAGGUCAUAUGCUGCAGCUACGACAGCUGGAUAUGAAGAGAAUUACGGAAGAAGAAAGACGUACUGCAUCUGUUCUGGCAAGAAAAGAGGAAGAGAGGAAGCGUGAAAGCCAUAAACAGGCCUUAUUAAAGGAAAAAAAAAGAAUUGCAAUUCAGAAUGCUGCAAAACAGUGGGAUAUUCAGCAAAACAGAGUCCUGCCCGACACAAUUUCAGACCAGGAAGGGGGAGGUUCUGUAAGCCCUUCUCAUAAAUCAUGCCAGUUGAAUGGAUCUACUUCUUAUGAAUUUAAUGAAGACAAGAGAUCACUUGAUACUGUUCUCAGCAGUUCUGUGCAAGGACUUUCUGUGGUAGACUCCCAUCUUGUGGAGCUUGAAGGAGAUACUUUGUCCCUGUAUGGUUUAGGAGCUCUUGAAUGUCUUGACAGGACAUGGAGUGUACAGACAGCUGGUUCAGUCACCACCUUCUCUUUCACUUUUAUAAACUUUGAAGAUAUAGUUCAGGUUUUGCCAAAAAUAAGAAUUAAGUUUCCCAAUGCAACACACCUUAAAUUCAAGGAAAACAAUCUGAUCACUUUGAAUCAGUUUAAUGCUUUAGCUCAGAUGCGUCGGCUUGAUCAGUUGACUGUGGAUCCUCAGGGAAACCCUGUUCUUAAUUUUACUCAUUGGAAGUAUUAUGUUCUUUUCAGACUAAAUAAUUUCAACAUUCAGAAAAUCAAUGAAAAUGAGGUUACUCAGAAUGAUGUGGUUAUGGCCGAAAGGCUUUUUGGAAUUCUUGCCUAUGUUGCGAAUUCAGAGUUACCACAGUAUAGACUCUCUGCACUGCUUGGCGAUUCCAGAAAGAAAACAUUCCAUCAUCUACUAGAAACAAAGUCCAAGAAAAUUCCAAUAGGUGUUGAAGAAAGUAAUGACAAUAAGAGAACUGGGGAAACCCCAACCCGAGCAGCUUUGCAAUACAUUCCACAGGAUCUGCUGAAUGAGAAGCUAGAGGAGCUGACAGAGAAGAAAGCCUUCUGUCAGGCCUACGUGAAGGACCUAGUGAAUGAAGCAAAUGAAAUCAGCCUGAAGAAUGAGUCUCUGCAGAAAUUGUGGCCUCAAAUGUUCAUUGAACUGGUCAGAGAUGCAGUAAUUGAGGUCCGAGAUAAGAACUCCUACAUGAAGCAGUGCUUGCACAGAAUCUCUGAACAAAAGUAGCCUUCCUUGCACCAAUACAUUUGCACAGUUCAGUUUGAGAUGAGGCAUGGAGACCAGGCACGGUAUGGUUUGGUACUUUUAACUGUAUAUUCAGUUUUCCUUUUGCACCUACUGCAUCUUUCUAUUUUAUAGCAGUUUCAGUAUUACAGAAUUGAAUUAGUUUGACACCAAAUUACUCGGGUUUGUUUAUUACCAGGCAAGCCAUGAUCCUUAAUUGUCUUCUAUUACUUCAAGAACACAUGGAAGAAACCAGAUUUCCAUCGAUUAACUUUCAAUAAAUGUAGCUUUUUUGAUCCUUUUUUUUUAAUUUUGAACAGAAGCAAAAAUAAAUUCUCU